CAAACAUGGCGACGAGGGGAAAAACGGCAAACAUAUUGAAGCUUUUUGUGUGUUUUUCCUCGUCUUUCUUGAUUUUGCCUGUUUGUUUUUGCACAUUAAAUCUUUUGUAAAGUGACUGCCUGAAUAAUAAAUAGUUUCUGGAACAUUUUCUGAACGGAGAGCAGAGGCGAAACCCCCAAAAUCAACGGAAGUUCCUGGCUAUCUUUUGAAACCAAACAUCCGCUUCUGUGUAACGCGUGUGUUUAUGGUGUUAGCUCGUCAUUUUAGCCGAGCAAAGAUGAAGCGAAAAUGAAAAUCAAUUCAGUUUAUCGUUUAACAAAACGCGGAAUGGCGUGCGGGUUCGGCUAACACACGGGACGAGCUAACUGCCUGAACAAGAUGUAACGUCCGAGUGUCUCACUCUGAGCAAAUAAUCAGGACAUGGAUUUUGCCACGGAGACCACCUGUGAACAAAGAUCGAUAAGCUGAAGAUACAUUACCAUGGGUUUGGUGAACGUUGUCAUCUCCACCAUAGGAAAAUGCCUGGACGCCGUUUGUUUACUCCUGGACCUGAAUUUUCUCAUCGUCCACACCGUGGUGCGGACUCUGCUGGGGGUUAUCACCUUCAUAAACAGCCUGCCCAACCUCCUCCUCGCCUCAGUGCUGGAGCUGGGAAACUUCAUCGUCUUUUGCCUGGUGUCCAUGGCAGAGGCGACUUCCAACGUCGCCCACAGCACUGUCACCAUGUUAGGGAGCUUGGUGUUGGCUCUGGAGGGGCUGCUAGAGAGCCUCAAGAUGGUGGGUUACCUGUCCAUUCACGUCCUCUUCCGGGGGAAGGAGCAGUUGUGUCGAGGUCUGCUGUUGGUGCUGGAGGGCUGUGGCAUCGCUGUCAGCCUGGUGGUCUAUUUCACUAACACGGUGGUAAACUUUGCACUCAUUGCCACUCAGAAUGUGUACCUGGCGGUGGUCAGUGUGUGGCAGACAGUCUCCAGCCCGCUGCAGAAGGUGCUGGAGCUCACGCUGACCUCCCUCACUUUUCUGUACAGCAGCUUGGUUGGGACAUCAGCUUUCCUGUGGUCGCCCUGUAAGCUGGUUUUGGACUUUUUGGUUUCACUGGUGCACAUGUUCAUCAGCAUCUUCAUACUGAACAUCUACGGCCUCCUGCUCACAGUCACUAUCGCUGUGACUACCAUGGCUUACCUGAACCCAGCACAGACCCGGCAGGCUACUGUGCGAAUUCUGGAUUACAUCAGUUCUUUUCCUGCUCUGCGCAGACUGCUUCUGGCUCUACACCACCUUGCCUCAACUUUGCGGAGCGCCCCACAUGUGAUACAUGGUAACGUGCAACGCCUGCAAAGGAUACUCCAUCACCUCUACCUACUGGAGAGAGGACUUUGGCAGCAGCUGAUGCGACACAGCAGUCAACUAGGUCUGGUGCUUAGGACACACCUCCACAGGUACAACAACAACAGAGUGCGAGGCGACGGCGACCCCGGCGAGGAGCGGCGGGGCCCACCAGAUGGAAGAGCAGGAGAUGGAGCCCACCAGAUGGAGAUGCUGGAUUUAGUUUUCCCCUCCUCCAGUACAGACAGACCACUAAAGAAGCAGUCAUCUUCAGGCAAAGACUGUAAACCUCUGCCUGCUGAGAAUCUGCUGACUCUACUGAAGGAGCAGGAGGACAGGAAGAAGUGUGUAAUCUGUCAGGACUGUACCAAGACGGUGGUGCUGCUGCCGUGCAGACACCUCUGCUUGUGUAGAGACUGUACAGACAUCCUGUUGAGGCAGCCUAUCUACCAACACAACUGCCCGCUCUGUCGACACAUGAUCCUCAACACUAUGGACGUGUAUCUAUGAGGGACCAGUGGAAGUAUAUCUAUGGGUUUUUGACACUAAGGAGCCUAAUAAUCAGUAUCUAUGCUUAAUGUUUUACCACAAUUGAAUUGAUGCUGUAUGACUUAUGUUUUACCAGGUUUUGUUAAAGGAUACGUCUGGUGACAUUCUAUAUUUAUCGUGCUGUCAACAAAUCCCAUGAUAACAGCAAAAGUAACAAAGCAUUGAUAACUCAAUCUCCCAGUACUUUCUGCUUCUCUUCCCUGACUGUGGUACUCAGACCCAAGCCUAUUCGUUCCAACUGAAGAUAUAAUAAAUAAACGCAAUAAAUCUUAAAUAAAACAGCUCAUAAAUGUAUUGUUUUAUUAUUUUUUUUAAACAACCUAAAACAACUGGCCUCUGCAGUUUUUAACAAAUUUCACAGGAGUAAACAGAGCAAACAGGUGUAAAUGGGCUGUGACUGGUUUUAUCAUUUGUUCUGGAUUUAUUGAUAAUAAAAAUAGAGAAUAUCACCAGACUUAUCUUUAAAAAAUUGGUUUCUGAUCUGUGUUCUCUGCCAGCAGUUCAGAAGAGAAAUACCAAACACAUGCACAGGCGCUGAAGUGCCACCACCAAAUAAAGAGACCAGGGUUGCAACGAUUAUAUAACGAUUAUUUCCAUUAUCCAUUAAUCUGCAGAUUAUUUUCUCAAUUGAUUGUUCAGUCUAAAAAAAUAUAUAAUAAAAGAAAAAACAAGCAAAAAAUUUUUGUGAAGCUAGAACCAGCAAAGGUUUGGCAUGGCUGAAACCAUUAAUCCAUUUCCAAAAUACCUGCAGAUUAAUUUUCUACCUAUCGACUGAUUAAUCAACAAAUCAUUGCAGCUCUAAAAGAGACUGCAAAAUCCUUUUCCAAAAAUGUAGCUGGACUGUUUCACCACUGUCCACAAUUAAAUUUCUUUCGUGUGUGUGUCCUUUGCGCAUUGAACUGUGGGAGAAUAGAAGGGUUUUUUUUUGUAUGCACACUAACUGUUUACUUCAUUUUGUUGCUUUUAAAGUGUGAACACACAACAUACUAAAUAUCCUGCUUAAAAUAAGUCUGUAAGGUGGAUUUGGGUCACAGCUAGAGUCUCUGUUUUGGCACUGUAAUGCGCCUGUUUAAAUGAUUCAGUGUUGCCACGUUGAGUCUCAGGUCUUGUAGCCAUGGUAACCCAUAGUUGCCCCCCCUUUCUGAUGCUGAAAUGCUUACCACUGCUCAUAUCUUAAAAACAAACUGUGCUUUAUUGCAUGAGCAUACAAGUGAUUCCACACAUGCUGUAUAUUUAACAGUGUAUUCAAUGCGACACCAUGACUUUUUGUUGCAGUGGAAGCCUUUACCAUUUAAAUAUAUGUCAGUAAAUUUCUGUGCUUCGUAGAGCCAUGUAAAGAGUUAACAAAAAAGUCUCCUGUAUUUUAGGAAAGUGAUUUAUAAUUUUCCAGUCAGUGAUGAUAAAAUACAACUUUAUUCCAUUUAUUUGUUCUAUUGAUAGGGCUUAUUCCAGUCUUCCAUCAGUGGCGUAUUACAGUCACCACCAACACAUAAUCCAUAAAAGGUUUUCCCUUUCCAUUGCCUUUGUAAUAACACAUAGAUUUCUGUUUUAUAAAAGGACCAUAAACUAAUAAGGCUUCACAAUUUCAUUUGCAUUUGUUUUUCAUUUGUUGCUGUUGAGGCUGAAGUGUUGAUAUUGAUCAGUGUUUAAGGUUUACAGGGCAAUUUUGUGACACCACUUAGUGUAUUGAUGUUGAUGGUGGGGGGAUAUGCAGACAUGUGGGGAAAGUGCUGUCUGUCAUAUGCCCUCAUUUGCUUUUUGAAAAGUUCUUUUUUUUUUCUUUAAAUAAUUUGUAUGAUUAGAAGACAUUUGAUUUCUGCAUUAUAUUUGUGACUGGAGCUAAAACAUUACCGUUUUCCUUGCUACAUUUCACAGAUAUCAUUUAUGAACGUGAUCUGAAUGUCAGUUGUCAAAGAUUUCUGGAGACCAGACUGUAGUCAUUAUGGACUACUACUUCUCUCAGGUAUUCCUAAAAUGUCAGUGUACAGUAUAGCAUUCCUAACUAGAGAUUGCAGUGAACUGAAAACCGGCUCACGUGACCAUCAUCUGUUGCUACCGGCAGCAUGUAUGACACAGUGUGGGACAAUGUGAUUUGAAGACAUGAAUGUAACAUGGGUUUUUUAUUGCUGUGGCUGCCACAUAAUGGCAAGUCCUCUGUUGAUAAUAAAUAA